AAUAAUAAGUGCAUUCGUUAUUAUUAUGCCAAAAUUAUUAUUUUUAUGAAUAUUUCCAUAUUGCUAACGCGCAUGCGCGAGCGGCAAUCGCAGCCUGAAUUCGCGUUGUGAGCUUGGCUACUCUAUUCUAAUUACUAAUUUCCACGCAUUUCUGCAUUUCUGCGCUAUUUCGCGAUAAAAUUGCCAUUCGAAAAUGAUGUCCACAUCCCUUUUCCAUGAUUUCCCUUAAACCGUCACAUUUCCUUAACAUAACCUACCAACAGAGUAAUUUUUGAGCAAUUUUGCCCAAGUACUGUAGUAACAACAAUAACAACAAUGUUACUCAUUAUAAGACCCAUAACCUCUACACUCCACUACUCUACUACAAUUCUACAAUAAUUCCACUUCUUCUUGGACCCAUAAUUAUAUCUAAUCACAGAUAUAAAGAUACAUAUCUCUAACAAAAGAUAUGUCCUUAAUUUCCCAAAUAGUGUCCCAUUUUUUAAUUAAGAAUUGAUUAAUAAAAAUGUUGCACUCAAUGGGAGAACCGUCUCCGCAAGAUAUAUUGUCAGAAGUGAGGAAGUUCAUUUCUGGAGCGGUCAGACCAACCCAUGGCACGAGCACCCUUGACGUGACUCGUACCGCCUUGUCUCUCCUGAGGAGUGUACCUGCAGCUAGAGAUGCUGUACUCGAAUACUUUUGUAACGUGUUCUUCGUCGCUGUCACCAAACAUGUUCGCCAAAUCGAAACUAAAUUUUCACAGACAAAUCAAAAUAUGGCAAUCAGCGAAGAGACCAUCAUAGCAGAGAUUCACGCUGUUUUGAGCAGUUUCAUUAAUGGAAAUCCAGAGGCAUGGGCACCGAUCAUUUCUGCAUGGUCACUGGAAUUACUGGGUAAAUUGUCCUCCGACUAUGCAAAGCGUGGUAACUUGCCUGGCAAUGCCGGAAUCAACGAUUUUCUCCAACAAUGGAUGUCGUGUCGAGCCACUCGGACGUUGAUCGACAUCACCGCUCAAUGUCUUCAGUGUCUCAUGCAUUCCGACACGGAAUCUUGUAUCAAGGCGUUGCUGGACACCAGCGUGUUACACAGUCCUCACUUUGACUGGGUGGUUGCCCACGUUGGAAGCUGUUUCCCAAACACGGUCAUCACCAGAGUGUUGUCUUGCGGUCUAAAAGACUUCUGCAGCAUGGGUUACGAACACAACGUCAAGAAUCCUAAAUUGAAUUCAGUCGUUGGAAUCCUGGGACACCUAGCCAGCAGUCACUUUCAGGACAUCAGUACUGCCUUAUUGGACUUAUUCAAAUGGAGUUUGAAUGAGGACAUGACGGUCGACGAAGACACAAAGAAACAGAAAUUAGCUACGGUUCCAUUUCUUCUGAAUCUAGCAUCCCUCUCUCAGACUCUUCUAAAAGCAAUAACCAGCGAUGUGUUGCAAACCUUGAAACCAGAUAUAAUUCCACAAUUGGCCCUGUUUGCGGCAGACUGGUGCAAGUACUUCGACAACCAGCCAGAAGCUCUGAUAGACUUGACUGUGCAUCUGAUCUUAGGCUGCGAGCAAGGUGCAUCGCAGAUAAUAAAUAUCUUAUUGGACACUGCUUUAAACACCAGCAACGUUGGCUACCACAGUGUCAACGCAGCCCAAAGCGUAAAGAGUGUGUGCAGCGAAAUACUGGAGCUAGUGUUGGAAGAAAUCGAUCUUCUUCUAAGAACACAUGGGCCACAAUCUGCGAAUAUCGCUUUAUUGACCUCCAUCAAACAAGAACUGCCUGUCGUGUUGCCUCUGCUUCUCAACCAGAAUCCUCUACGCGUCCAAACUGCUGUCAGAUUGCUGUGCUUCCUCGGUAGCCAAAGCGCCAACCUAUUGAUAUCCGCAGCCUCAUAUAUGUUGAUCAAAGCAACAACCACUUUCCAUCUUGCUGCUCUGAUAAGACUCGUUUCGAACAAUGUCGUAGUCUUCCCUGCGAAUAAGGUCGAAGCAGAGAAUAUGUUAGCGAGUCAUGGCUACUUUGCUCAAGUAGUGGAACAAGCACUCAGGGAGAUAAAUUAUAAGAACGUUAUGGAGAAGCAAGAGAGAAGACAAUUUUUUCAGAACCUUACGAUACUGUUGCAAUGGGAGAAAUCGAACAAAGCAAUCAUCUUUCGAUCGAAGAUGAUCACGCAUGCUAUCAAAUCCAAUUUACAUCAGAUGUCCUCAUUGUUAACGAAGACAAGGGACUUUGAGCUAGCUAAUGACAUCGCAAAGAUGUUGGACUUGUUCAGCACAUCGGAGAAGGACAACUUUCUACCAAAUGUGGAGCUCGCUCUCAAGUUAACCAGAGCUGUGAUCCAGUACUUCUUUUUAUGCAUAGCGGAGGAUGAUGUUACAAAGAAGCAACAGAGCGUCAAGAUAGUUUGCCACUUGCUGAAGGAUUUGACCUGUUAUUCUCCAUGCGCUCGUGCAUUGGCGUUAAGAGAGAUUUUGACGUACAGUAUCAACGACGAUCCCGCCAAAUAUUUUGGAGCCAAAGAGAAGUUCGAACCGAAAUUCGAAGAGAUGUUGCUCUUACACCAGAAUCACAAACAGGUCACGAGCACGAUGUUAGCUCAAAAGCAUUCCUCUGUAUUCCACGCUGGUGUAAUUGGCCAUGGCCCGCGGAAACCACCGCCGGAAAACACGGUCGACAAAGAGACCAUCGCUCUAAAUAAAAUUCUACUGAUGGACGUCAUAAAGGCUUGCUGCAGCAACAAGGAAUCGGAACGAUACCCAGUGAACCUUGAUGCCUUGACGAUAGUCAGUUUACUGUUGGUUGAGAUCAUUUCACCCGAUGUCAUGUACAAUGGACUACCAUGGCCUGACGAAGAGUUUACAAAAGUCACCAUAGAGAGAGACUUACAAAUUCAUCGAAUGUUCAGAGACGUGCCCUUGUUGUGGACAUUGUUGGAGUUGACUGCUUGGUAUAGGCCAGCUUUAGCGUAUUGUUCGGUUUUAUUGAGAGGAAUCGCUGCUACUGUUAUGGCCAACUGGAACACGGAAGCAGGCGUCUCGCUGGUAAGCGUGAUGGCCCUUGGACAAUUACUGCCGCCGCCAUUGGCGAGCAUAAGGGACAUUUUGCCCGUUUUAGAACCCCAUCAGAUAAACACUAUAAUGAAGGAGUGUGUGUGGGCUUACAUGCGGGAGAACGUCCCAUCGCCAGCCCUAUUCACGCGCAACGAAGGAGCCAAUAUAGCUUGGAGGGACACGGACACGUCUACUCCAAACGCGAGGUUCACGGAAACGCUUCGUUUAAUUCUUCUAGCCAAUAUUCAUACUCUAGGGCCACUCUACGCCACCCUAUUUUACAACGAAAACAAAUAGUUCAUCUACCAAUUAACAGAUUGUCUGUAAUUGUGUAAUAAUUCUUGCGAAUAGGUGUUGCGAACCAGUCCAAAACUGACAAGUGUACAAGUAUGAUUAAAUAUCUGCUUUGUGGGUUGAUAUUUGAUCAAAUUUAGUGUUCGAUGCUUGUUAAUACAUUCUAAUAUCGAAUCUAACAAGUUGGCUAUGUAAUAAUUCUUGUGAAUAGGUCUUGCGAACCAGACCAAAACUGACAAGUGUGCAAGUAUGAUUAAAUAUCUGCUUUGUGGGUUGAUAUUUGAUCAAAUUUAGUGUUCGAUGCUUGUUAAUACAUUCUAAUAUCGAAUCUAACAAGUUGGCUAUGUAAUAAUUCUUGCGAAUAGGUCUUGCGAACCAGACCAAAACUGACAAGUGUACAAGUAUGAUUAAAUAACUGCUUUGUGGGUUGAUAUUUGAUCAAAUUUAGUAUUCGAUGCUUGUUAAUACUGCUGGCUAAUCUUCCCUAAAGUAAACAUCUAUUCGAAGUCUACGGAAUUCUCCAAGUUCAUUGCGUUGGAAUUGUACAACAACGAGUAGAGUUUGGAGGAAAUUUUUAAUAACAGCUCUAAGUACAAAAUAAAAGACAGCAUUUUCGUAUCGUAUAAAAUAAGAAACAAAACUUUUACCGAUAUUCGUAUAUAGCUAAAUAAUAUACAGUACGUAAUACGUUGCACAAAUACGCAGCUCGCUCUCCUUCUUUCAUAUUUGUUCUGCGUCUUACUGUUCGAGGUGAGCGAAAGGAACAGGAUGAAAGAGAAGACGGAAACUAUUAAGUUUCGGUUUUUAUAAAAGCACAUUCUCCUAAAUACACACGAUGAAACGAAUAUUAAUUUAACUUUUAAUCAAUAUAGGAAUGAUGUAUUAUCUAUGAUGAGCGAACUAGUUGCGCGAAUACUCUGGACGAGCGUCUCGACCCAACCGAACGAAUGAUUAGAUAUUAUGCGAUGGUUUGUUAUCCGUAUAAAUGUCUCUGACGAUUUUAAUUCGCGCUCGCUUUUAGAGAAGAAGAGAGCGUUUCGCGUGGCUCCUUCGUCGCUCGGAGCAUAAAACGCUAGUAAAAAAUGCUGAAAAUAUUUAAUUACUUUCUUUCUAUGUACAGUGCUCGUUGUAUGAAAGAUAUUCCAUCCAUGCGUGCGAAACCGGACCGUUCGACGCCGAAACGUUCCGUUUAUUCGCAUUCGAGCGCUUUCGUGACCGAGUGCUGACUUCUACGCUCUGUCAAAAAUGCUUGAUAAUGCCUUUUCGGUAUUAAUUGGCACAGCGUAGAAUCGUUAUCAAUCUUUCAUCUACAUAUAAAAGACGGUACAAUCGUUUCGUGACGCGUAAAUGAAUGUUGACGAUGACGAUAUCCAAUACAUGAUGGACAAUGAAAUAUUCUUUAAGUAUGUAACAAGUGUAUGUAAAAGAAAAAUAUUCUUUCAAGAAGACUGUCGCGUUACAUAUGUAUAUAUGUAUAUCUUAGGGUUUGUUGUGUUAGAGUAACAUUAUUUUUUUUAGUUGAGGGCUGAUUGAAAAACUGAUAAAACUUGGCUGGUCGAUUGAUACAUGCAUUUGACAUGCACGGGAAAUAUUUUUGUAAUUUUUAAUAAAUGUAAUCAGAAGAUGAAAAAGAAGAUCCAUAAAUUAUCUGACAUAUCGAGUCGUAUUUUAAAUUUGAGAUAUGUUUGACAGAACGAAUAUCUCCGAAAAUAUCGAUUUCAUGAAAAAUUUGUAUAGAAAAUUUUUUGUAGACAAUUUAAUUCUCUACAAAGAAGCUCCCUUGUAUCACUUUCGAAAAAUCGAUAUUUUACGAGUUAUUUCCGAGAAGCUUCUCUGAAAGACUUUACAUCAGGUUCAAUUAAAGAUUUUAUUUCUAGGUAAAUAAUUCGAAAAGUAUCGGUCGUACAAACUUGACUCGUAAGACCUUUUUGUAGAUAAUCUUGUGCUCUACGAAACUGCGUACUUCGAUUUUCUUAAAAUAUUCUUCAGUUCAUGAAAAAUACUCUCGAAAGGAGAGAGAAAAUUUUUGUUUUGUAAUCUACUGUAAAUUUUUCAAUCAGCAUUUGAAAAAAUUAGAAUAAUGCUCUAAAUUAACACAUCCUGAUGUAUAUAUAUAUACAUAUAUGUUUCUGUAUGAAUGCGUUCGUUUUUAAUGAAGAGAAUAAAGGGGGAACAAGAGCUGUGCGGUUCGA